AUGAGCGCAAGUGCAAUUGCGAUGCAGCAUCGAGCCCCUCAAGCCUGUAAAUCAUGCAGGAAGCUCAAGAGGAAAUGUGUCUUUAACCCAACGUUGGGCAUCUGUAACCGGUGCUCCGAGACCGGUAAACCAUGCGUGUACGCUGAGGUCAACUCGACUACUCCGCAUGAUGAUUCCGUCGCUGUCGUCCAUCACAAUACAUUCACCACGUCCACGAAUGCUGAGGCUUCUGGUCACCUGAAUGCCUCGCUCCAACAGGGCAAUCCCCUGUACCUGGACACGUUUGGUACCGCCUGGUUGGACGAAUAUGGUCAGCCAAAUGUGUUAGUACACUUUCCUUUCCGCCUUCCUGUGCUGACUGUCCAAUUGAAGCCACGCGGUUGA